AUGUCUAAUUUGCAACAAGCUGGACAGACCAAGGGUCAAGCUAACGAGAAGGCCGAGCAAUGGACUGAAUCUGCCAAGGAAACUGCACACAGCGCUCGUGACAAGACUGCUAACGCUGCUCAGUCCACCAAAGAAUCCACCCAACAUGGCCAACAACAAGCCUCUGGUUUCAUCCAACAAACUGGAGAGUCAGUGAAGAAUAUGGCUCAGGGUGCGGUCGAUGAAUAAUACUCACACAAGCACAAAAAUGAAUAACGAACCACUACUCUCUUAUCAUUUUUCACACCAAACAAGACAUUCAAACACAAUUCCGCGGCAAACAAUCCAGAUCUUCAUCCAUAGACCCACUACACAACAAUCUAUCAUUGAUUUCCAGCUCCCAUGUAUCACCGACCAUCAAGGUAAUAUAACUAAUUCAACAACUAAGGGCAUGUAAUUCAUGUUAUCAUACCAUGCCAUUAAACACCUUGACUCCGCAUUGCUUAUUUAUCACACUGUCCAAUACGCGAGGAAUGUAUUCCCAACCAACAUGAAUUAUGAUCUUCAAAUAACGGUUACCAUCACGGACAACAAUCCAUACGCAACUGCAAGACUAGAUGUCGACCUUAUCAUCACCAAUCUUGAAGGAACUAAUAGGCCUCCAACUGUGGGAGAAGAAAGUGAUAUGUGCACUAUAUGCUUCGGGAAUUACAACUAUGGAAACAACAUAUGCUAUUUCCUUUUGCCGCCAGAAUUUCCAUUUUCUAUGCAUUGAUCAAUGACUUUGUAGUAAUAUAAGUUAUCUCAUAUGUAAGGAAAGCAAUCUAUGAUAUCCAGAUCACUUCGCUUUAAUAUGAGGUUACUUAUGUGUUAAUUCCCGGUUUCAUUGAUGUACUUUUUGGCUUUUGCCAAUAAUUUUGGAAACUAAUUGUUUUCCAUAGUUCUAAAAUCUGUCAUACUCACAUAUUAAAAUGGAUCAAAUGUAUCAUUUCUAUACUAUUACCACUUACCUCUAUCAAAUGGAUCAAACAAAUCUUUUUCGACUUAUUAAAUAACAAAAUAUACGACUACACGCCGGAAUACCAGUAGCUAUUUCACAGUCUCAGUUUCUUCAUUUUGUAUCACUAAACAGUUUUAUUGUUUCACUUGACAAUUUUACAAACAUUUUAUUUAGUCAUUAAUAUUUCGCAUUAUUCAAGGAAACCUUCAAAUCUUCUUCAGAACAUUAUUACUAGAACAAAAAGAAGAAAAUAUAUACAUAUUUUAGCAUAUAUUAGGAGUACACUGCCACAAAUCUGACCCCAAAAAAACAGAGCUAUGGCACUGCCGAUACAUACACAACAUCAGCCUAACAUCUUUUCAGCAUCAACAUAAUAAUCAUUGCAUU